UCCAAAAUCUAGAGAGACAGAGAUGUGUGGUUUAUUUGUAUAUGUGCUUCUGUUACUCCCUAUAGUCCUAACAUAUAUAUUCUUCCAUCGAAAGAGAAACCAAAACCAUGAUCGAGUAAAAGCAAAGCUUCCACCAGGUUCAAUGGGUUGGCCUUAUAUUGGAGAGACACCACAACUGUAUUCGCAAGACCCUAAUGUCUUCUUUGCUAGUAAACAAAAAAGGUACGGAGAGAUAUUCAAAACACAUAUACUUGGUUGUCCAAGUAUCAUGUUGACGAGUCCUGAAGCAGCGCGAUUCGUAUUAGUUACGCAUGCUAAUUUGUUCAAGCCAACGUAUCCUAAAAGUAAAGAAAAAAUGAUAGGACCAUCAGCUCUGUUUUUUCACCAAGGAGAUUAUCAUUCUCGUCUUCGAAAAAUUGUUCAAGGUUCAUUAUCUCCAGAAAGCAUAAAGGGACUUGUACCAGAUAUCGAACGUAUCGUAAUCACGACGUUAAAUUCAUGGGUUGGCAAUGAUAACCACAUUGUUAAUACUUACCAUGAAAUGAAAAAGUUCUCGUUUGACAUCGGCAUACUCUCAAUUUUUGGUCAGUUAGAUUCUUAUUACAAAGAAGAAUUGAAGAAAAAUUACUUCAUAUUAGAUAAAGGAUACAAUUCUUAUCCUACAAAUAUGCCAGGAACUCUAUAUAGCAAGGCAGUCUUGGCAAGAAAAAGAUUGAGUGAGAUUCUAAGUGAAAUUAUUGGUAAAAGAAUGGAGAAAAGAGUAGAGGAUAAAGAUCUAUUGGGCUGUUUGAUGCAUUCCGAUGACGAAAAGGCGGGAAGGUUGACGGACGAUCAAAUUGCUGAUAAUAUAAUUGGAGUUUUGUUUGCUGCUCAAGACACUACAGCUAGUGUUCUUACAUGGAUUCUCAAGUACCUCCAUGAUCACCCAAAACUUUUAGAAGCUGUGAAAGCUGAGCAGAAAGCAAUAUAUGAAAUGAAUGAUGGAGGAAGCAAACCCUUGUCAUGGUCUCAAACUAGAAAUAUGCCGGUCACUUUUAGAGUUGUAUUGGAGAGUUUGAGAAUGGCAAGCAUCAUAUCAUUCACAUUCAGAGAAGCUGUAGAAGAUGUUGAAUACAAAGGUUACCUUAUUCCUAAGGGUUGGAAGGUAAUGCCUUUAUUCAGAAAUAUUCAUCAUAACCCUGAAUUCUUUCACGAGCCUCACAAGUUUGAUCCAUCAAGAUUUGAGGUUGCACCAAGACCCAAUACAUUUAUGCCAUUUGGAAAUGGAGUACAUUCAUGUCCAGGGAAUGAACUUGCCAAAGUGGAGAUUCUUAUAUUACUGCACCACUUAAUAACAAAGUUCAGGUGGGAAGUGAUAGGAUCUCAAAGUGGGAUUCAAUAUGGCCCAUUUCCAGUCCCACAACAAGGAUUACCAGCAAGAUUUUGGAAAGCAGAAUCAGACAGUAAUAAUCAAACUCACCAUGGAUUGUCAUAAACUUAGGAGGGAUUGGGGUACCCCCUAGCUUAAUAUCUCUUACUAAGUUUCAUUUCAGCAAUUUUCAUAAUAAAAUUUUGAAGCAUUGAUCCUGCUACUACAUAUGUGAUCAAGUAUUCAAUCAUGCAUGGCCAUAUAUGUGUGCGUUAUACAGCGUCACGUACUCAGUACGUGCUCACACCUGUCAUCCUGUAAAUGAUUAAAGUAUGUGACAACCAGGAAGGGACAAGUGUAUUGGCCCAUAGAAAGAAGUGGUUUUUGU